UAGAGGUACGAGGAGUAUUUAAAACAGCCUGGCACUGCCAGAGCCCAGUGUCCAGCACCGGGAGGGAGGCAGGACACUGGCAGAAGGUCCUGGGGUCAGACACCAGCAAACCCGGGAGCAGCCAGUCUUGGAGAACCAGCGAGUACAAAAUACUCUGCAGAAGGAACUUGGAGUGGAAUGCAAGAAAAAUGACUUCACUAGCAUUCAUCUUCCUGCUCGCCCUCCUCCCAGCCCAAUCUGCAAGCAGCAGACACCUCCCCAAGACAGCAAUUGAAAGCCCUGUGUUUGGACCACAGCAGGUAUAUGGGCUGGUCGAGGGGUCUGUCACCGUGACAUGCUUCUACCCUCCCACCAGUGUGAAUAGACACGACAGAAAGUACUGGUGCAAGCAAUCAGCCACGGGCUGCACCACCAUUGUCUCUACCAGUGGCUACACCGCAUCAGGCUUCCAAGGAAGAGUCUCCAUCAUCGACUACCCACUGGCAAAGAGCUUCCAGAUUAACAUGACCGGGCUCAUAGAGGCAGAUGAAGGCACCUACCAGUGUGGGAUUGGUAUCAAUGGCAGAGGGCUCUCCCACAAAGUCGUCCUGGAAGUUUCUGAAGGUCCACACGUACCCGAGGGGGCUGAUCUCUUCUACGUGAAGCUGCACAGCACUUUGACCAUGGACUGCAGCUUUGGGAAAGAGUAUGCAAGCUAUAGGAAAUACCUGUGCAAGAUGGACAAAAGGGGCUGCCAGAAUGUUGUUGAUACUUACCAGAAAUAUGGUGAGGAUUACGUUGGGCGAGUUAUGCUGACCAAUACGGAGCCUGCAGGCUCAUUCAGCGUCACAAUAACUCAGAUGGGCUGGGAGGACUCUGGCCUGUACGUGUGCGGGGCUGGCACCUACGAGCAGAAUGGUGUAUCGAAGCAGCUGGACGUGCACGUCUAUGAGGAGUCAAAGGUUCCUCAAGGAAAGCCCACAAUAUUUGGAGUAAAAGGAAGUUCAGUAACUUUUGAAUGCCGCUAUGAGCCUCUAAGAAGGUCCUCGUUGAAGUACUUGUGCAAGUGGAGAGAAAACGGGUGUGCUAAGAUCAUAGAUAACGAAGGGUUUGUGCAAGGCCUGUAUGAAGGAAGAGUGGCCAUGUACAACAACCCACAAAACAACACGUACACCGUCAUCCUCAACCAGCUGAGGAACAGUGACCAAGGCUAUUACUGGUGCAUGACAAACAAGGACGAUGAGCAGCAGUCAUCAACUGAGCUGAAGAUCAUAGAUGGACAACCUGGACUGCAGGGAAAGAAGGAUGUGGAGGUGCAAGAGGGUUCACGGGUCGACUUAACUUGCUCUUAUCCGUGCAAAUACUACUCCUACCAGAAGUACUGGUGCAAGUGGAGCAACACCGGUUGCACCCCCAUGCCUGCUUCUGACCAAAGGCAGCCGGGGAUGAACGUUGGCUGUGACACCGACAACAAGACAGUGAUCCUGAGCUUCGACUCGGUGUCAAAGACAGACCAAGGCUGGUACUGGUGUGGGGUGAAGCACAACGGCCUCUACGGGGAAACCAUGGCAGUGUACCUGACGGUGACCGGAGGAAGCGCUGCCAACAGUGACCUCAACCUCCUGGAGAACGCCGAGCCCCCGGCCCACGCUGAGCCCACCAGCCGUGCCGAGCCCCCGGCCCACGCUGAGCCCACCAACCAUGUUGAGCCCUCCAACCACGUUGAGCCCCCGAGCCGUGCCGAGGAUGGUUUUAUUCCCCGAGGAAGGUCCCACAGCGACCUUAGGGCUCAAGACGCAGCUGUCUCGGGAAGCUCUGAUGAAAGCCACGGCCCCAAUAAACUUGUUUUAAUCCUGAGCCCUCUUGGUGCCGUGCUCCUGAUCCUCGUGGCAGUUUUCGCCGUGUUUAAAUACAGGCAGCUGAAGAGAUCUGACCUGGUGUCCGUGGGGAGCUACAGGACAAACAUCAGCAUGUCAGACUUUGAAAGCGUGAAGGAUUACAGCGCGAGCAAUAACGCCUGUGUGAAGGAGACCCAGGAGACCCAGAUAGGAGGGGACGAGUUCGUCACCACCGUGGUUGCCCCGGAAAGUGCUGCUGAGACAAAGAAGGCAAAAAGGAGCUCCAAGGAGGAUGCUGACCUCGCCUACUCCGCCUUCCUCCUCACCUCCACCAGCAUCGCCCAGGGCGGCCCCGGGGAGGGCAACGCUGCCCCAGAGGUGUCCCCCCAAAACUGGGAGGGCCAGAUGUGAACGCGAGGGACCAAGAGGUGGCAGUGACUGGGACCGUCUCUACCUUGAGGAGCAGAGCAAGACAUCAGCAAGCAGCACCCUUUAUUGCUAACUGCAAUUUCCUAUAGCUUGACCUUUUUUUUUUUUUUUUUUUUUUUUUGCUUAAAUUCAGCUUUGAGAGGUGAUUUAGGAGGAACCAUUUGAUGCCAAGUGGGGUGGCUGGGCUGGAGGUGCAGGUCUGAGCGAGCAGGUUGGACUGGGAAACAGCAGGGGCUGGUGUAGCUUAGCCCACCACCAGCCCCAGCCCCACCAGUGCCCUCCCAACACGGUGGGCUCUCAGAGGCACAUUUUGCAAAAACAACAAAAAAAAUUUCUCAUAUUCUUUUAAAGGCAGCUGGAAAACCCUCUAGAACGACAACCCGUGUUUUUGAUUCCUCUUAGCUUUUUCACCCCAAGGGCAGUACCUGCAGACCAGACGUGGUCUGAAGUGUUUUUACACACAAGCAAUAACGAAAACCAUUGGCUUUCACCAGACGAGGGGGCCUCACAGUCCGUGGGAGGGCAGGGGGAGAGUGCACCCAAAGAUGGGAUGCUUUUGGGAGGGGCUUUCUCCCCCUCCUCUUACUGCAGCAUCGCAUCUGGUGUUGCAAUUGGUACAGGACCUUAGAAGAAACCCGCAAUUAAUGGAGAUAAACAGGAAACGUUUUGAGUAAUCUCAUGUGCAUUUCCAUCAACAGCAGGAAUUGACCACGGAGUGACAUUAAUUAGUAUGAAAACUUACCAGCAGCCCACACAGCUGACUGGGCAACACGCGCCGGUGCUCAUGGCACUGUAUCCAUUUGCAUGGUCCAGACCAAACUCCCCAGAGCAGCUGAACCAACAACCUCCCAUUUCUGACCUGGAGCCGGAACAACCGAGCCCAAUCCGUGCUCCUCUGCCACCGGGCCACCCGCUGAGGGUGGCCUUUGAAACCCACCCUUCGCUUAAUAAACCUGAGCCACACAUCACUCACAUUUUCCCCGGCUGACUUCAUGUUUAUCCAGGCAGAAACAAGGAUGACUGUGAUUAAA